CCGCUCGCAUGCCAGUCACGUCCGCCCCCUCGGCGGCCGCCCGAAAGCCGGCCCCGCCGAGCCGGGAGAACAGACGUCAAACUGCCUUAUGAAUAUUGAUGCGGAGGCGAGGCUGCUUUCGUAGAGGAGCAGAAGGAAGCAAGAUGGCUGCCCUGUAGGAUUUGUUAGAAAGGAGACCCGGCUGCGACGGCGGCGGACUGCGAGGCUGAGGGACCAGAACCAGGCUGGUAAACAUUCAGCAGCUUACCCUCGCAAGACUCUCCAUGUCACGUGGUCCUGUUCCACUACGGUGCUUGGAAGCAGGAGAUGGGCUCACACAUGGUCAACAGGACAUGAUCAAGGAGGAGCAGUGAGGGACAGCGCCGCCGGAUUCAUUCAAAGGGCAGCAUCGUGGAUGGCCCCGGAGCAAGCCUGAUGGAACAGGACAGAACCACCCAUGCUGAGGGCAACAGACUAAGUCCAUUCCUGACACCGUCACCUUCUCCCAUCUGCCAGACAGAACCUCUGGCUGUCAAAUUGCAGAAUGGAAGCCCAUUAGCAGAGAGACCUCAUCCAGAAGUCAACGGGGACACUGAGUGGCCAUCUUUCCAAAGUUAUUAUUAUGGAAUACCCCAUCUGAAAGGCAGCCAGAGCGGCCACGAGAGUCCAGACCUCAUACAGGACAGCAGAGGGUAUUCCAGGUGCUUGCAAAAUGGAGGAAUAAAGCGUACAUUCAGUGAACCAUCUCUCUCUGGGCUCCAUCUGAACAAAAAAUCAAGACUAGACCAAAAAGCUAAGGGAGAAAGUAAUAGCUCCAGGGAAAGCCAAGAAAAAAACCCAGGUAAAAGCAGCAGUCAGCCAAAUGUCUCCGGUCUGAGUGAUAGAGAACCUGUGACCACUACAGCCCAGGAAAGUACGGUUGCAGAUGUCAACAGUUUCCCAACACGCAAUGGUGUUGAAAGCACCGAGUCUCGGGUUCUCAAGGAGCAGGAAGGGGAAAACGGCAGGAACGUUAUAUUACUUAAGAGCCAGGCCAUGCUAAUGCCUAAUGGUGCUACAGUUUCUGCCGCUCCUGUGGAACUCCUGGAAAAAACACCAUCUCAGUGUUAUCCAGAUUGUGUUUCCAUCGCAGUGCAGAACACCAUAUCUCAUGUAGAAGCCCUUAACAGCCGGAAUAUUAAUGAGUUGUCUUGUGAGAUCACUCACCCAUCGCAUACCUCAGAGCAGAUCGAUUCCCCACAGACCUCAAGCUUCCAGCUGCCUCCAGAGCCAGCUGCCGUGGUGACCGAGGGCUGUGAUGCUGAUAAUGCCAGUAAGCCAACUAGAGUGCUAGGUACCUGUCCCUUCCAGAAACGGCCAGAACACCAACAAAAAACAGGUUUUGAGAUAUGCCCAUCUCCUGCUGAAGACAAAAACACCCAAGGAAACACGAAGCUAUUUGCUGAAGAAUUCUGUUCCAGUUCCAACAGUGUCUCGGAAGCUUCUCACGGCAGCUCAGAACAGUAUUCAGUGCAAAAGGAAAUCAAUGGUGCUUACUUCAGGCAAAGCUCAGUGUUCGCUGAAGAUUCCGUUUCUGCCCCCACUAUGACCCCACCAUCACAGCUGGUUCUUCCCACUCCCAGUCUUCAGCUUCCUUCAGAAGGAAAAGGCUCUCAGAAGGAUGUGGCUUUGGGAGCACACCACCACUACCCCCACCUAGCUCUCUUAAGGGAAGGGAAAACAGAACAGCAACCCAAGGCACCUUGCCAGAAUCCCAGUCCAUCAGUACAUACUAACAACACCCCAUCGAUGCUUCCAGAAGGGCAUCAGAAUGAUUGUGUCCCGGUGUGCCCUGAAAAAACAAGGACGGUGGUAUCAGAACAUUAUCGUGCCCACAGUGGAGACGUACAAGAAUACAACCAGCAUCUGACGAGAUGCAGGGAGCAAGAGAUUCCUCCGAAGGGUGGAAACGGGGGACAGACACAAGAGCCCGUGCUGCCAGCACAGAGCUACGUGAGACCUGGAUGGAUUGAACUGAAGGCACACCACCAGACCACAGGCAAGGACGGGGCACUGCACCCACGCUUUCGCUUUCAGGCCAGCCCUUCCAACCAGAUGACCUCCAAACAGUGCACUGGAAACUUAAACAUGCUGGGAGGGUCGCAAAGACUGCCUUACAAAAGAGCUCAGCCAGAGCAGACACCGCAAAUGUACCAAGCGGAGACGACUCAAGGGCCCUCUCCUGCCAUGAGGGACCAACAUCUACAGCUCCAGGAGUGCAUCUCCAAGACAGGUCCCUUGCCGGAAACUCAUGUCCAAGCACCAAGUGUUUCUCGGUUUCACUUCCAGCCAAGAGUGGAAGCCUCCGCUGACAGCAUGAGUCGACAGGCCACGGCGAUGGAACAGCUCUCAAGCUUCUUACAACAUGCGUCUCAUAAGCAGCCAGCGUCGGCACAAGCAUCCCAGAACUCAAAUUUCCCUCAAAACUGCCAGCAGCUGCCGCAGUUACAGGGGAAGAAUAAAGAACAAAUGACCCAGAUCUUUUCUCAUCUCCAAGGUAGCAAUGAUAAGCAAAGAGAGGGAUCUUGCCUUGGCCAGAUUAAAGUGGAAGAAAGCUUUAGUGGUGGAAACCAGUAUUCAAAACCAAGUCAUUUCCAAACUUUCAAUAAGCAAGGUGGGAUGGAGCAAGUACAGAACCUGAGUAGUCGACAUUCUCCUUAUGCGAAGAUCUUAACAUCACAUGCCAGUAAAUUACAGAGUCCUUGUUCAAAUGAUAUAUACCCGGCUCCCAAGAGCCAAGAACAAACUCUACAUCCUGAGCUCUUUGUAGGAAAGAAGACCCCAAACCUGCAAAACAUGCAGUGUUUCCCAAAUAGUGUGACCCCAAACCAGAAUGUUCAUAACAGGUGCUUUCCAGAACGUGAGCUGAAGCCACAACCAGCUCCAGCUCUGCAGGGCUUUCAAAGCCAGGGCGUGUCGCCUGGACAGCAGGCAGCACCUCUAGCUGAAGCCGCUCAGCAGAGGAACUUGGUGCAUAAUCAGGCAAAGGCACUCCCUGUGCCUGAGCAAGGAGGAGGGCACAGGGAGACGCCCCCUCCGAAGGAGAUUCAGAAGCAUGCUGCCCUAAGGUGGCUCCUCUUACAGAAACAAGAGCAGCAGCAAGCGCAGCAAUGCCAGGCUGAAUCUAGUCAUAAUCAGAUUCAGAGGCCAAUCAAGACUGAGCCUGCACCCCCCAAACCCUCUUCCUAUAAACGCCCCGGGUUACUGCCACAAGAAAAACUGCCCAAGAGGAUAAAGCAAGAGAACCCCCACGAUGGGCAGCAGCCGAAGAGCAUCAUCGAGGCCAUGGAGCGGCACCUGAAGCAAUUUCAGCUCAAGUCGCUCUUUAACCACAAGGCCCUGACCCUCAAGGCGCAGAAGCUCGGGAAAGUUUUGCCUACAGACAACCUGGCCCUCAAGGCGCAGAAGCUAGGGAGAGUUUCGCCUACAGACAACCACGCCUCUGGGUCAGAGAACCACGCCCCAGCUGGAGAGCAGCAAGCCACUCUUUCAGAAAAGGCGCCAACCAAAAGAGCAGCGGGUUCUGUUCUCAGCAGUUUUUUAGAAUCGCCUUCCAAAUUACUAGGCGCUCCUCUAAAAAACCUUUUGGACACUCCUGUCAAGACGCAAUAUGAUUUCCCGUCAUGUAGAUGUGUCGAACAAAUUAUUGAAAAAGAUGAAGGUCCUUAUUAUACCCAUCUAGGAGCUGGUCCUAAUGUGGCAGCUAUUAGAACAAUCAUGGAAGAAAGGUUUGGACAGCAGGGUAAAGCUAUUAGGAUUGAAAGAGUCAUCUUUACUGGUAAAGAAGGCAAAAGUUCUCAGGGAUGUCCCAUUGCUAAAUGGGUGAUUCGAAGAGAGAGUGUUGAGGAGAAACUACUAUGUGUGGUGCGAGAGCGAGCUGGCCACAGCUGCGAGACGGCAGUGAUUGUGAUUCUCAUCAUGCUGUGGGAAGGAAUCCCCCAGGAUCUGGCCUCCCAACUCUAUUCAGACCUUAAAGACACACUGAGCAAACACGGUUCAAACACUAGUCGUCGGUGUGCCCUGAAUGACGAGAAAACCUGUGCUUGUCAGGGUUUGAACCCAGAAACCUGUGGUGCCUCCUUUUCUUUUGGUUGUUCUUGGAGCAUGUAUUAUAAUGGAUGUAAGUUUGCCAGAAGCAAGAACCCAAGGAGAUUUAAGCUACUUGGAGAUGAUCCAAAAGAGGAAGAGAGACUUGAAUCUAAUUUACAAAAUUUGGCCACUCUUCUUGCUCCAAUAUACAAGAAACUUGCACCUGAAGCAUACAAUAAUCAGAUUGAAUAUGAGCACCGUGCUCCGGAGUGCCGCUUGGGUCUGAGGGAAGGCCGGCCGUUCUCAGGGGUCACCGCAUGUUUGGACUUCAGUGCUCAUGCCCACAGGGACCAGCACAACAUGCAGAACGGCAGCACAGUGGUAUGCACCCUCACUAGAGAAGACAAUCGAGAAAUUGGGGGACAGCCUGAGGACGAGCAGCUCCAUGUGUUGCCUUUGUACAAGAUCGCUUCUGUGGAUGAGUUUGGAAGUACAGAGGGCCAGGAGGAGAAGAUACGAAAAGGGUCCAUCCAAGUCCUGCAUUCCUUCCGGAGGAGAGUCAGGAUGCUAGCAGAGCCGGCCAAGAGCUGCCGGCAAAGGAAACUGGAGGCCAAAAGAGCUGCAGCUGAAAAGCUUGCUUCCCUGGAGAACGGCUCGAGUAAGAGCGAGAAGGAAAAGUCUUCCUCGCGUUCGAAGCAGAUGGAAAACGCAAGCCAAAUGAAGCAGACAGAGCAACUGCGGCUUUCAGGAUCUGUGAUACAGCAGCCACAGCCACUCCAGAGGCACCUUCAGCAAGUGCAGAGGCCGCAGCAGCCACAGCCACAGCACAUCCUGCCCCACAACGCCCAGCCUCAGUCCAUUGGCUCUUCCUCUUCUGGAUCCACCAAUCCGUAUGUGAGACGGCCCAGUCCUCUUGGCCCUUAUCCGAGCACUUCACACACGUCAGAUAUCUAUGGAGGUACCAAUCAUGUGAACCCUUAUCCCACUGCAUCCCAAACUGCAGGUUCAUAUUUGAGUCAUUCUAAUGCCAUGAACCCCUACCCUGGGAUUUUCAACCAGAAUAACCAGUAUAUAGCUUAUCAGUGCAACGGGACUAUGACCCCUUUCUUCAGUUCUUUCUCUGCCCAGCCUCAGCCCCCAGAUCUAUACAGAUAUUCAAACCAGCAGCAUCUCAGCAACCUGAACCUACAGCCCAUCCACACACUUUACCAGCACAAGUUUGGAGAUAGUACUUCUAAGUACCAAAACAUGCAGAGAGAUGUCUUCAGCAACUGUACCGUAAAACCAAACGCACACCCCCUACCAACCUUUUCUCCUUAUUCCACCCCUGAGGUGGACGGCCAUUUUAUGGGCGCUGCCCCCAGAUUUCCAUACAGUCUGAAUAAUCCAGACUAUGAAAAGCAGGGCCACAGCUAUGCCGUAACAGCUUCCGGCACGACAAGCAGUUCCAACCACGGCUUCCACAACAAGGAGAAUGACAACACAGCCUCCUACACAGCUAACGGGCUAUCCGGGGUGCUGCCAGGGUCUAGUCCUGACAGGACUGAUUCUGCCCAAGGUCUGUUGCACAAUCUGACUGACCAUAGCAGCCCGGAGAAGCAGCCUGGGGUGACAGGACAGGGUGCAGCUUUUGCUAUAGAUGACAGUGAUGAGGUUUGGUCAGACAGUGAGCACAACUUUCUGGAUCCUAACAUCGGAGGAGUGGCUGUGGUCCCAACUCAUGGGUCAAUUCUCAUUGAGUGUGCAAGGCGAGAGCUUCAUGCCACAACCCGAAUAAAUAUUCCAGACCGUGGCAAUCCAAUCAGGAUCUCACUUGUAUUUUACCAGCAUAAGAACUUGAAUGAGCCGAAACAUGGAUUGGCUCUCUGGGAAGCCAAAAUGGCUGGAAAGUACGGAUCAGACCACACAGCUCAGAGAAGCCAUGGCAAAAGGCUAAAACGUGGGCACCCGGAGCAGCAGGGACCUCCUGAGCCCAGCUACCUGCGCUUCAUCCAGUCUCUUGCUGAGAACACAGGGUCGAUGACCACAGACUCCACGGUGACUACAUCUCCGUAUGCUUUCACUCAGGUCACAGGGCCUUACAACAGAUACGUAUGAUGCCGUUUGUUAGCGCCAGACCAUCAAGAACAAGCU